UUGAUGCUUGAUGCCUACUUUUUCUACAUCUUAUUUUUUCUUUGAUUUUGUAUUUUUCGGAUAACACUAAAUCAAUAUGUUACGUCAACUGUGGUUUGAAAUUUCUAAACCCACUCCUACCCGUCUCUGGCUCGCCCAUUUCCGCGAACCGAAGUAGAAAAAUCUUAUCAAGGCAAGAUAAGGCAUAUAUGCAAUAUAAUGACCAUAAUUGGCUGGGUGUCAGAGGGGGAUGGGUAGGCAUGAAGGAGAUGAGAUGGGUCUCACAAGGGGGUUUUCAAAUUGUCUGAGUUAAUAUUUACAGUGUAGAGAUAGAGCAAGAUGCGUUAAAAACAGUUCUAACCGUUUGGAUAUACAGAUAAAAUAAGUCGUACAACUCAGAUAAGAUUAGAUUUCUACGAAGAAUGGUCAAAGCCUUGCCAGCUUUCAAAACAAUUUUUUCAAUACGCGUUUGUAAAUAUGUCUAUAUCCGUAGAGAGAGAGAGCCGACCUCCUUAUAGGUUAUAAACAUCAAACUUCCUUCGUUUCCUUCCCAUUUGUAUCACUCUCUUUGGUUAAUCCAGUAUGGAGUCUCCUUGCAUUCCCAAGUUCACAAUUCCUCUCUCUUGCUUCUUUACGCUUUUACUGUGUGCUGCCACACUAAACCCUGUAUUUGCUUCGAAAGUUUGCAACUUUCCGGCAAUCUUUAACUUUGGCGAUUCAAACUCCGAUACUGGAGGAUUGUCUGCUAGCCUCAUAAGAGCCACACCGCCUUAUGGGGAGACCUAUUUUCGCAGGCCUGCUGGAAGGGUCUCCGAUGGCCGGCUCACGAUUGAUUUCAUGGCAAUGGGUGUUGGUCUUCCAUAUCUGAGUGCAUACCUUGAUUCCUUGGGAGCUAACUUCACACACGGUGCAAACUUUGCCACGUCUGCAUCCACAAUCAGACUACCAUCCAGAAUUAUACCUGCGGGUGGAUUUAGUCCCUUCUACCUCGAUAUCCAAUACUCGCAAUUUGAGCAGUUCAAAGAAAGAUCACAGAUUAUAAGACGACAAGGAGGAAUAUAUGCACAUUUGAUGCCCAAGAAGGAUUAUUUUCCUAAAGCUUUAUACACAUUUGACAUCGGUCAGAACGAUCUUGGUGAGGGAUUCUUUGGUAACAUGACUGUAGAGGAAGUCAAUGCUUCCAUCCCCGAUAUUCUUGACAAGUUCUCUCUUAAUGUUAAGAAUAUAUACAAGUUGGGAGCUAGAUCAUUUUGGAUCCACAAUACUGGACCAAUUGGUUGCCUUCCCUAUAUUUUGGCCACUUUUCCAUCAGCUCAAAGGGACAGCUAUGGCUGUGCAAAGCCUUAUAAUGAUGUAGCUCAGUCUUUCAAUCACAAGUUGAAGGAGGCCAUUGUUCAACUCAGGAUCGAUCUUCCUUCAGCUGCAAUCACAUAUGUAGAUGUCUACUCUGUCAAGUACUCCCUUUAUAGAGAACCACAGAAAUACGGCUUUGAGCUUCCAUUGGUUGCAUGUUGUGGGUAUGGAGGAAAGUACAACUACAGCAUUAGUGUUGGGUGUGGAGGAACAGUGAUGGUGAAUGGAAGCCAAAUAUUUGUUGGUUCAUGUGAGCGCCCCUCGGUCAGAGUAAACUGGGAUGGAAUUCACUAUACUGAGGCUGCCAACAAGUUUGUCUUUGCUCAGAUUUCAACUGGAGCGUUUUCGGAUCCACCUGUACCCUUGAAAAUGGCAUGUCACCAAGUUUAAAUUCCUAUUCAUACCUUAAUAUUUAUAUAUAUAUAUAUAUAUAUAUAUAUAAAUAAAAAGAGAAAUGAUUUGUAUAAAUCUUAAAUAAACAAGUCUAUUUUUUUAAAAAUAGACUCUUAUCUUUUACAAAGGACUUAAAUGAUUUUAUAUAUUUAGACCUUGUACUUUACAUUACUCAAAAAAUAAGUAUGCAAGAUAUUUUGUUCUCAUUGAAA